AUGUCUUUUUUUAAGAAAUUUAGCAAGAAGAAAGAGACUCCCAAUUUCAAUUCAUUUCCAAAGGAUCAAGGAAAGAGUGAUAACAGAGGAGAUGCUUUCAUGGUUGAUGAUUACAAUCGUUUCGGAUUCUGUGGAAUCCCAGAAAAAUGGUGCAUUGAUCAUCAGCAAGGACUAUUAGCCGUAGCCUCUACAAGCAAAAGAAUAUACAUAUAUGGAAAACUACAUACUCAGCUUGUUAUUAUACCUAAUUGCAGCGAUAUCGUGCACCUUCUUAUGUGUGCAGGUCACCUAAUCAUUAUCGACAGUCAGAAUACAAUAAUUAGCUAUAAUUUGUUAAGAUCCAAAAACUUUCAUACACCUACUUCCACCUUUUAUUUGAGGCUGAGAGUUAUCUCUACUGCUACGGAUCCUUCAAUAGAAUGGGUUUAUCUGGGAAUGAGCGACGGUACAAUCGUCCCAUGGGACGUUACAAGACAUCGGCCUGGUGUUUAUAAAAUACCAAACCUAUAUAUUGAAAGAAUGAACGAAUGGAAGCUUAUGGGAUAUCCUUAUGCACCCACGUCAAGUAGAUUGUCGCCUGUUAUAGGUAUUCAGAUUCAUCCGAAAGACCUUGGUCUUUUGUUAAUUGCUUAUCCUGAAGGUGUUUUACUUUUUUCUAUUAGGACCGAAACAGUAUUGAAAUUCUAUGAACUAGAAUAUGCGGCUGGAAGCACUGCGGCAACAAUGUCUACCAAACAUAGUUAUCGACGUCCUAUGGUUAAAGGAAUCCAUUGGAGUCCUUGUGGUGAAUAUUUUCUAUCAUAUUAUGAAGAUUCUUCUAUAGCAUUUUGGGACACUGAGAAAGAAAUGCCCAUUCAAGUCAGAAACUUUGUUGACUCUUAUAUCCAUACAUAUACUGCUAUGCAAAAACCAGCUCCUAAAACUGAUUUAGAAGCAAUCCAAUCUGUAAUUUGGUGCUGUCGAGAGGAUCCUAAUUCAACGUUUUUGCUAAUGUUAGGUGGAUUACCCAAAGAAUCACCCGUAAAGGGUAUUUCAAUGUUUAGUUUUCCUCAAACUCCUGGAAAGCAAAACGUUACUGGAUUGGCAGAACAUUUUGCUAAUCCAAGCUCUCAAAGGUUUUUUCCUUUUAUUGACAUCCCACCGGCUAUUGAUAUGACAGUGAUUUCAACUAUGUCGCCAUAUUACAAUGGUGCUCAUAAUCCCAGAUAUCUAUUGAUGUUCUCACGUGAUAGAACUCUUGCUCUCAUUGACUUGGUUACUUGCGAGCCUAUGAAUUUAAACAUGUCUCUUCCACCCUCCCUAUGUUUCCUAGCUCCUGACUUUCAAAUCGUUGACUUUCAGGCUGUAAAGAAAAGUAUUUGGGAUAAAAUGGAGGACUCUAUUUCUUUGCAUCCUCAUUAUUCUUCAUUUUCUGGAGGAUCGCCUCAUCCUGGUUAUUUAAAAAAGUUAGACGUACGGAAUAUACUUACAACUUCUUCCGGUUUUAGUCUCUCAUUAUGGGAUAUUUCCAAAGGAUUCAUGAACCCGAAAAAUUGUAUAACUAUUGAUUUUUCUGAAGUUAUGCGUAAACAUCUCACGCCAACUGCAAAAAUCAUCAGUGUAUCACUUUCUUCUACCAACUGUGAAUUCUCUACCGCAGAUAAUUUUGGUCGGGUCAUCAUUUGUCGUGUAAAAGAUUCACUAAAUCCGCUUCCGUACCAACUGGCUUCGGGUAUUUUCCGUUUGGAUGACAGCUUUGCAAUAGAUGGUAUUAUUUAUGGUCAAUUCUGUAUUGAUCUAAAGCAAGGGCCAAUUACAACCAAUUGUAUGAGUGAUAUUGGAUUUGUAUGUAUCGGAUAUGCGAAUGGCUCAUUAGCUGUCAUUGAUCUCAGGGGUCCUCACAUAUUAUGCAAUACUUCUUUAUCAGAACUUGGUGUCGAAAGAAAAUCUAAGUCAUCUUCAUCGACUGAUUAUAUUAGUUCUGCUGAGUUUGUAAUUAUGAAUUUGAAUAAUGAUGGGCUAGCUUCGAUCCAUCUGAUAGCUGUGACCAACACAGGAAUAGUUUUAUCCUUCCAAAUUGGAUUGACCUCUUCAGGAAACUACUCUGUAACAUUCUUGUCCUAUGAGAAAUUGGGUAUUUUUAACGUUCAUAGCAUAAUACCCUUAACAGAAUCUGGGCAACAUGCGAUUGCUACAGGGACUUCGUUGCAGAUGGUUGGGCUUCAAUCCGAGAAGAUUUAUUUAUUAUACAUUGGCGAAACAGGAAUGCGUGUAUAUUCCCGAUUUAGUAAAUGUUCAAGCACGACGGAUUGGAGCAAACAUGCUUGUUACAAGGCUAGUGUCAUCUUUUCAUCUGCUUCUAGACAAAUGGGAUCGGUGGCAUGUAUAAUGUCAAAUUUAAAUGUUUACUGGUUUUCAUUACCUAACUUAGUUGAAGAACGACGUGCAAGGUUGCCGGAUGACAUAGAUGAAAGAAUGUUGAGAUUUGGUAAUAUUACAGAAGAUGGAGAUUUUGUGUUUCCAACAAUCGGAGGUACAGAAUUAGCAUUUGGAUCCGUGCUAGGAAUGGGAAGGAAAAUGUUUGCUUCUAUAUCUUGCAACCUUAUUACCAAAGAUCCUUUAGUACUGCCGCCAAGACCCACUUUGUCUACUUGGAAAUGGUUAAUGGGUGGACAGACCACGACUUCGGAUGAAUUAAAUUUACUACUCGGGGGCGAACAUAGACCAGUUAGUAAGCCAUUGAUACGACCUCAAGCUUUAGGAGGGCCACAGCAAUCCCCUCAACAAAACUCAAGCGCGCAGACUACGACUCCCAGCGGCAGCACGAAAGAAUUUGAGAAUAGGCGAAUCCCUCAACAAAAGAGUUAUUUCAAUCAAAUGAGUGAACAAUUAACUGAAAGAGGUAGGAUGCUUGGAAAUGUUGAAAGUACGAUGGAUGAUUUAGAAGAGAUGAGUGCAGACUGGUUGAACGAGAUCAAGAAGUCAGUAGCUUCUACGAAGAAGGAUUUGCUGAUUUCAGGACUAAAGAGUUAUUUGCCUUAA